GGCGCCCUUGUCCCCCUCUGCUCGCCUCCCUCCAACCAAGCAACCAACCACCUCAAGCAACGACCCACCAUGGCCGACGACGCCCCCACCUCCGGCCUCGUCCUCAAGAUCGUCAACGUCAUCUCCUACCUCCUCUUCCUCGGCUCCAACGUCUACACCGUCGCCGCCCCCUCCGACAUCUACUACACCGGGAAGGAGACGUAUUUGACGCCCGCGCCCUGGGCCUUCCUCAUCUGGUCCCUCAUCCACCUCCUCCUCCUCGGCACCGUUGUCUACCAGUUCUUCCCCGCCGGCAAGCGCGUCAUCGUCGACGGCAUCUCCUGGCGCCUCCCCCUCCUCGCCGUUCUCAACGCGAUCUACGUCCACCUGUGGGCGAGCAGGCACUAUAUCGUCGCGUUUGUCUUUGCGCUGUUUGUGAGCUCGACGGUGACGCACAUUUACUACAUCGUCAAGAAGCAUCACUCGCCGCAGGCCACUGCCGACGAGCUCUUUGUGCACCUCCCCUUCUCGCUUUACCAUGGCUGGACCACGCUCCUGGUCGUCCUCUCCCUCUUCGAGGCCUUCGGCACCAACGCCCUCGAGCACAAGGCCGGCAUCUGGACCAAGGUCUUCGUGUUCCUCGCCCUCUUCUUCCUCGAGGCCACCGCCGCCACCUACGCCUUCUCCUCCCCCGAGGGCGACCUCCCCGCCGCGCUCGCCAUCACCUGGUCCCUCUUCGCCAUCUUUGCGCACCAGCGGAGCAGCGCGUUCGUGCACUGGAGCGCGUUGGCGUUCGCGAUUCUGAGCGCUGUUUGGGUCCUCAAGGGCGCAGUCGGCCUCUUCAGGCGCAACGGUGGUGGUGUUCGUCUCGAGGAUGACCUCGAGCGCGCACCCCUCGUUGGUGGCAACUAAGCUACUCACAGUCUCACAGUUGCCGACAGUUGUAUGGAAUGUGUACGGAAGGAAGCGAACGAUACACGAACGAACUCAACGAUCUCACCGAACGUAUCUCACGGACCCCUUAGCAUCUUUGGUGUCUACAAGGUCUCGUACUCAUGUAUGAUUAGUCUCUUUUCUUGCUCUUGAUACUCUUGUAUGCUCUCCCUCAGUGCUUGUCGCUGUGUCAAUGCAGUGUCACUUGAUCGUA